GGUGACAAUCAAUUAUUGAAAACAUUUUAACUUUGGUGUUGUAUGAGUUGAGAAUCAGAACUACAUAAUUGCAGGUCAAAGUCAGCAUGGAGGAUGGGACAUUUGUGGCAUUUUGCCACUUCCUGUCAGACCUUUUCUCUUCCAUCAGCAACUUCAGCCUGCAGCUUCAGAAAAACGAUGUAAUCCUACCUCAGGCUGUUAGUGGCAUCGAAUCUCUCUUGGCUACCAUAGAAGCUAUGGCAGCUAGCCCCAAACCUGAUGGUAAGCUGUCUGAGUUCCUUGCAGCCAUGAAGAAGCAGCGCCAACAGAGAGGAGGAGAACCUGGGGUUGGGACGUUCAAGUAUCAGGAAGUCACGCUUUCUAAAGGUGAAGCUGCAAAGCUGGCAGAAGGUCAACCAAUCAGCCAGUGUGCUCCCAGACUGCCAGGAGCCAUUGUGCUGACCUGUGAGUCCACAGUGAAACACCUGAAGAAUAGAUUUAGCAGCCUACUUGAAGAGAACACAAAGGAUACACCAACAGCCAAGGCAGUGAAGUGUUUCAAUGUUUUCAGCCAUGACUCUUGGCCAGAUAAUAGGCUGGAGCUCCUGAACCAUGGUGUGGAAGAGGUGAACUUUCUCCUACAACACUUCUCCACUGUCCUGGACAGGAAUGGCUGCAAUAAAGAAAAGGCCAAAGAGGAGUUCCAAUUCAUGAAAAUGACGAUAAACACGUCAUUCAAGGACAAAAGCUAUCUUGGACUGUGGCAAGUCAUGACGACAAAAGAGCCCUACUGCUCAGACUUUGCGGUAGGCUCUGUUAUCUGUAGUAUCAAAAAUUACAUGAUCAUUGACACUGUUGACUUGGUGAUUUGGAAAGUUGGUUUGAUCACCAUACUUCGUCUUUUGCAGAAUAUCCUACACCUGGUCAAAAUCAUGCUGGUGCUCCCAAUCUCUUCAGCAGUCUGUGAAAGAGGCUUCUCGUCAGUAAACAGAAUCAAGUCAGAUGUUAGAUCAAGCCUGCAUACUGAAACUGUUGAGGACCUAAUCCGUAUUAGUGUUGAGGGGCCACAACUGGAGGACUAUGAUGCCAGGCAGGAUGUUAAGCAGUGGUUCUCCCAGGGUAAGAGGAGCAGGAGGCCUAACUAUAUGAGCUGGCCCCUAGAAUGAGAUGAAUUGCAGGGAAGAAAUUAAUGCUGCUUAGUUCAAGUUCAGUUUGAAUUAAUGAGCUUUAAGUUUAUAAGUUAUUUAUUAGUUUUUAAGUUACCAGUAAGUUCAAUGUUCGGAAUGUUAUGUUCAAUAUAUGUUUAAUACAAUGUAACAGUAUUUUUGUACUGCGGCUCAUGCAGAGAAACUUGAAUUCAGAUUAAAAUAUUUUGCAAACAUCAAGUUUGGGUCAUUGUCAAUCUUUAACUUUCAUCAACGUAACACAUUAAUAACACGCUAUACAAAGAAAAAUAUGGUGCUACCUAAUUUGUUUUGGUGCUACUAAAUGAAAAGCUAGGUGGCACCAGUGCUAACUGUGAAAAAGUUAGUCUGGAGCCCUGCCUACGUCUACGAUUUUGCUGCCCUAUAUGUAAUAAAAGAGCAGCCAUCUCGCUAAUUUGUAACCGUAAAUGAUAGUUAUGACAGUUGUGAGAGCUGAUGGGUCAUCCUAAAGUUAGGACCGUUUUUGGGGAUUUUGGUGAUUUAGGAUAUUUCUGUAAUACACAUUACCUAUC